ACUGGCGAACACAGCACCCGGUCAUGUCGAAUUCGUUGGUUCAAUUAUAUUUCGGGUAUGCGCUGGCCAUAGGCAUAACUUCGAAUCGAUUUGUGGACUCAACCUUCGGGCAGACAUGCUUCUCGAAAUGGUAUGCACUGGCUGUGAAUAUCGCUACCCUCGUGCUGACUCCGCCGCUGCUUUUGGAGUCCCGUAAUGGUUUUAAGGCCAAUGAGACCUAUCCCCAUCUACUUUUGAUUACCUUCCAAGUGCGAUACCUGGUGGCUUACGGGGUCAUAGCCUAUACGGUAUUGUCGCGCGGUUUUCGGGACAGAGCACUGAAGGAGAUGCAGCCGCUGCUCACCAAGCUACUACGCGAGGAAAAGCGCAAUGGAAAGCAGCGAGUCAGAAGAUCCCUUCAAGUGACGAUCUACCUGAAAUUCUCCACGGCGGCUUUCGUGUGCUUGACGAUAUUCGUUUUUAGCUUUCACUCUGGCGUGGAAAGAAAUUGGAGGACAGUAGCUGGAAUUAUAUUUCUAAGCAAUGCCCUCAACAUCCUGCAAAUUGUGCCCAUGGGCUACUUUUUGGCACUCUGGCACAUUGCCCGUGGCUUUGACUAUGUGAACCAACGAUUGGACGAUAUUCUGGCAGCGACACCCACUGAUAUGCAGGAGCUACGAAGAAUUUGGGCGCUUCAUGCUGCACUAACCAGAACAGCGAUCAGGAUCAACAAGAUCUAUGGCCCACAGAUGAUGGCAAUUCGCUUCGAUAACUUCAUUUUCGGCGUCAUCAAUGCCUACUGGGGUACGUUCUUCAGCUUACACUCCGGCACGAAUAUUUUAUGGGUAGUGUUUGGCGCCCUUGCGUACUGUUUCCGCUGCUUGGACUCGUACCUGAUCGACUAUGUGAGCGAUUUGGCCAUGCACUACCAGAGCUCACCAAAGCAUGCCUGGAGCGAGGGCUACUGGUCGCAGGACAUCAACUCCUAUGUGACCUAUUUGGGCAGCUCCAAGCUGCAGCUUUGGACAUGUGGACUCUAUAAGGAGAAUCGAAGUCUAUGGUUCGAUACGACUAGCAGCAUUUUGUACUACUAUAUAAUGCUACUACAGUUUCACCUGGUGCUGAGGAAUUAAUAGACAGAAGAUGACGCAUUUCGUAACAUUAUUGAAUUCUCAGUUUGCUUAAAAUUAUCCAAUACUUCGAGGGAACUCUAUAGGACCACACUCACUUCGUUUACAUCGAUUCAAUGACUGUUUCCAAGUAAUCAUAAUUUAGAUAAUUAAUGCACAUCAUUGCAGAAAAUUGCAGAAAUUCAGAAUAGCUCAUUUGACACUGGACAAUGGUGCGACUUUUGCUGCUGGAUAUCUUCCAAUGGUUCGCAUCGCUUCUGGGCUUGACGAUAGAUUUAUACAGACCCGGAUAGCCAGAGCAUACGCGCUGAUCAUCAACAUAUUCUCGGUGGCAAUGCAGCCAAUGGCUUUUCUACGCUUGGCCAACUCUGUGGCUGUGGAUGCCUGGAUGCCGCGUUUCAUGUGGAUUACUCCUGUACGAUGCUGUCAUCGUACACACUUUGAUCUUGCGUGGCUAUCGAGACAGAAUACUGCUGGAGCUACACAAAUGUAAUGUUCAAUUGAAGCACAAGAUGGGCAGCACACAAAACAAAGUAAACCUUAAGCUGCGGAGGCUUUUCUAUACAAAACCCGUAACUAUGCUGUAUCUGUUCCUGUGCAAUGUU